AUGCCAGGUGCCUUCUGUCUGGGCUCCACCCUGCACUCCUGGGGGCCGCAGCUCAUGGAGGAGAACUUGCAGUCGUCUGUGCUCUUCGGGGUUGUGAUAGGCAUUGCCCUGGUCCUCAUCGGUGGCAGCAUCCUCCUCGUGGUCAGGAGAGUGAAACAGUCCCGACAGCUGCAGCCUGCCACGCCGCAGUACAGGUUCCGCAAGAGGGACAAGGUGAUGUUCUACGGCCGGAAGAUCAUGAGAAAGGUGACCACCCUCCCCCACACGCUUGUGGGGAGCAGUGCUGCACCCCGGCAGCGGGUGAGGAAGAGGACCAAGGUGCUGUCUCUGGCCAAAAGGAUCCUGCGUUUCAAGAAGGAGUACCCCACUCUGCAGCCCAAAGAGCCCCCGCCCUCCCUGCUGGAAGCAGAUCUCACGGAGUUUGAUGUCAAGAACUCUCACCUGCCCUCGGAGGUCUUGUACAUGCUAAAGAAUGUUAGGGUCCUGGGCCACUUUGAGAAGCCGCUGUUUCUGGAGCUGUGCAAGCACAUGGUGUUUGUGCAGCUGCGCGAGGGCGAGUACAUGUUCCGGCCGGGGGAGCCGGACAACAGCGUGUAUGUGGUGCAGGACGGGCGGCUGGAGGUCUGCGUCCAGGACACGGGCCACCCUGCCCCGUACAAGACAGUCUCGGCACGCGCGGCUGCCCCUUCCACCAUCCUCCGACUGCCGGCUGAUGCUCUGCAAGGCGUGUUUGAGAAGUACCCCGAGACCCUCGUGCGGGUGGUGCAGGGUCCACCGCACUGUGUCUGCGGUACGGAGCCCAGCCCAGCGCCUGCACAGGGCCUGCUGGCCGGGUGA